AUGACAUCUAGAUACAGAGUGGAAUAUGCACUCAAAACUCACAAAAGAGACGAACUCAUUGAAUGGAUCAAAGGACUCCUUGCUGUGCCUUUCGUGCUUCACGGUGACAUUGAGAAGUAUGACCGGCAAUUGGCGGGCCACGAUAUAGACGAGAGUAAAUUGGAGAUUGUGGAGAAACGAGUUGAAAAGACACUCCAAACAAGAUAUUUGGAAGUGUUUGAAGAUGUAGAAAAGCUUAUUGAGGACACAAUUUUGUUGGACGAGGUUCAUAAGGAUCCACACCAUGUUGCUCGCAGCCGGUUGAGACAAUUGGUCCCCACCGUGGGUAAGUUUUUUACCAAACUCCCAUUGCGGGAAGCGUUCUUGAUUGAGGAUAAAAAGCGUCUGAUUUCGAGACGUAAUCUCGUCAGUCCCUCUUUCAAUGAUAUACGCUCGAUCUUGAACACGGCUCAGGUACUUGCACUUACCAACAACACCAGCGGAUCGAAAGUGCGCCUCAUGACUUUCGAUGGAGAUGUUACCCUUUAUGAGGAUGGAAAAAAUCUCUCCCUGGAUUCUCCACUUGUCAGCUGCUUAGUUAGAUUGUUGGCAAACGAUUUGUAUGUAGCUGUUGUCACCGCCGCAGGAUAUCCUGGCCACCAAGGUGCUCUUUCUUAUCAGAGCCGCUUGAAUGGACUCAUUGAGCAGCUCAAAACAAGCACAGCUCUCAGUGACAGACAAAAGAACAAUUUCUUAAUUAUGGGAGGAGAAUCCAAUUAUUUGUUCCGCUACGACAGCAAAAUUGGAGGCCUCCGUUUCAUCGAUGGUGAUGAAUGGUAUCUCCCUCUCAUGAGGAGCUGGGAUCAAAGCAAGAUACUUGAAACCAUGGAUGUUUGCCACGAACACAUUGUACACCUCCAGAAGAAAUUCAGACUUGAUGAUGAUGCAAAAACAAAGAUUAUUAGAAAGGAGAGAUCUCUUGGAAUCAUCCCAGUCGAGGGUUACAAAAUUUCACGUGAAAUUUUGGAAGAAAUGGUUUUGUCUGUCCUGGCAAGAUUGAACGAGGUACUUUUUCUGCAAAAAUCGCAGGGAAUUCAUUUAUUCCAUAAGACGAACGAGGAGUUACCAGAGCCAUCUGGUCAAAUGGAGGACCACGACAUUCGUGCGUGUGCCUUUAAUGGAGGGGCAGAUGUGUGGGUCGACAUUGGUGACAAGUCACUUGGAGUGGCUGCAUUGCAGCAAUAUCUUUACAGUACAAGUACAAGAAAGGACAAAAAAUUGAUAUCACAUAGUGAGAGUCUCCACAUUGGUGACCAAUUCGCAUCAGUAGGGGCCAAUGACUUUAAGGCAAGAUUGAGUGCAUGCACUGUGUGGAUUUCGAGUCCACGAGAGACAGAAGAGAUUUUGGAAGAGCUUAUUGCCAAUUUAGAGAGUGAGGCAUAUCUCCAGUCUAAGAGAUGA